GUCACCACCCGGUGCGGCUCGGCUCGCCUGUGGAAAUGUCGGUCGUGUAAGAGGGGGGGUGACUUUUUUUCUUUCUUUCUUUUUUUUUCUUUUUCCAUACAUUUAUAUCGAUUUUAUUUUAGACUCUCCUGUGAACACGGGGCAGAUUUAACACCCAUGUGAUGCGCUGAAGACGGACUGACCGAGCGGGUAUUAAUAGGCGGCAGAUUUUUUACCGAGCGCACACAGUAAACAUGGAAACCGUCCGACAAUCCGAGUGUUUACUGAAAUUUCCGGGUCGGAAAACAAUCCAAGGGAACAUAUCCCGACUAUAGGGCUUUAAAUCAUUUUAGAUACAAUCUGCAGGUUUUUAUUUUUAUUCAAUCCGACCCAGAUCCGAUCGGGAUUUUUUUUUUUUUUUGUAUAUAUUGUUUUUUAUAGAUAUUUUAUACUCCGUGCAUAUUUAUAUAAAAGCUGCGUUUUUAUUUAUUUCUUUGUUUUUACUUAAGAAAUCCUCAAAAGCACUAAAAUUUUUUUUAAUUAUUAUUAUUAUUACUAAAACAUAACUGAAAAAAAUCUGCAAACAUGAGAUCAUCUUUAGCUCCAGGAAUUCGAUUGAUCACAUCUUUCUCCAGAGACAGCUGGUACAGAGGCUUUAUCCUCCUCCUUACAUUCCUGUUCUACACAGCGUACCAUCUCUCACGCAAACCUAUCAGCAUUGUCAAGAGUCAGCUUCAUCGAAACUGCUCCUAUAUCGUUCGACCUCCUGACCUCAACAUCACAGACAAUUCCACCUGGUGUGACUGGGCUCCUUUCGACCGAGACAACUACCAGAACCUUUUUGGAUGGCUGGACAACUGUUUUCUCGUCGCCUACGCCAUCGGCAUGUUCUUCAGUGGCAUUUUUGGCGAGCGGCUGCCCCUGCGUUAUUACCUCACCAGCGGGAUGCUACUCAGCGGCCUUUUCACAACGCUCUUCGGCCUGGGUUUCUACUGGAACAUUCACUCCAUGUGGUACUACUGUUUAAUUCAGGUCCUGAAUGGGCUGGUUCAGACGACAGGUUGGCCGGCAGUGGUGGCUUGUGUCGGCAACUGGUUCGGAAAGGGGAAGCGAGGGUUCAUCAUGGGCGUGUGGAACUCGCACACCUCAGUGGGGAACAUCCUGGGCUCACUCAUUGCCGGAGCAUUCGUCUCAACUGCCUGGGGCAUGUCCUUCAUCGUGCCUGGCAUCAUCAUCGCCACUACAGGGGUCAUCUGUUUCUUCUUCCUGGUUGAGUAUCCAGAAGACGUGAACUGCAGCCCACCGCAGCACCAUGAGAAUCCAGAGCAUGAACCUUUGCUAAGAAACUCGUUAAAUAGCGAGGAGAUCUUCAACAAUCACGCAUCUGCAGUGGUGGAAGCUCAUGAUGAGGAAUCGGAGGCCAUUAGUUUCUUUGGAGCUCUCAGGAUACCGGGAGUGGUGGAGUUUUCCCUCUGCUUGCUUUUUGCUAAGCUUGUUAGCUAUACAUUCCUCUACUGGUUACCACUAUACAUCUCUAAUGUCGCCCAUUUUGAUCCUAAAUCAGCAGGGGACAUGUCUACACUUUUUGAUGUGGGGGGAAUUUUGGGCGGAAUCCUAGCUGGGCUUGUUUCAGACUACACCGGUGGGAGGGCUUCCACCUGCUGUGUCAUGCUAAUCGUUGCUGCUCCUAUGCUUUUCCUGUACAACCAAAUCGGACAGAACGGCGUGCCGACCACAAUCGGUAUGCUGCUGUUUUGUGGUGCUCUUGUGAACGGACCUUACGCCCUCAUCACCACGGCCGUGUCAGCUGACCUGGGAACCCAUGAGUGUCUAAGAGGAAACGCCCGGGCUCUGUCUACUGUAACAGCCAUUAUUGAUGGCACAGGAUCAAUAGGUGCUGCUAUCGGGCCUCUUCUGGCAGGAUUGAUCUCUCCAUCCGGCUGGAAUAACGUUUUCUACAUGCUCAUCACUGCUGAUGUAUUGGCCUGUGUGCUACUGUCCAGGCUGGUGUUUAAGGAGGUCCGAGGAUGGUGUACUACAAGACAGCGAGGGUUCAAAGAGAUCUGAGGUGCCUGCCGGACAAGUGAAUAUCACACCUGCAGCGGGAAAGCAGCGGCGGUGGUUUCGAAACAAAACCACGACCCGAUUUCCUGAUCUGUCACACAAAGCUGUUCGUUUUUUUUUUCUCAUUUUUUCAUUUGAAUGGGGGACACUUUUAUCCUUUCACACUCGCAACAAUAAGACUGAUGCUGUGAUGAAAUGAAAUGAUUGGUGUGAGGGGGAGACAAGCCCCUUUUUGAUGUACAGGAGAAAAAAAAAAAAAGAAGAAGAAGAAAAAAAUCAAGAGAGUGAAUCAGAGCUCCUCUAUUUGCACCCAAGCUGAUUUUAACUGAACCGUGUAUGAUAUUUUGUUGUUUUGUUUUAAUCAUUAAAAUGCUAGGGGUGCAUAUUUGCUUUAAUUUUAUGUCUCAAUGGUUACUCUAGACCUGGGACCAAACCCAACUGUCUGUCUCGGUCUCUCUCUCUCUCUAUCUCUCUCUCACACACACACUCACACACACACACGCAUGCAUAUACACUGUUGUUUUUUAAUUCGGGUGCAGCUCCUUAAGCACAUGAGUAUGCUCUCGAAAGCAACUGCCACCCACGUACAGCAGCACUAUAUGACAUUUACAUCUCACACACACACACACACAACACAAACACUAUUCUUCCAGUUACUCAGGCAUUCUCCCACUGAGAAUGGACUACAUUAUCGCUCGGGUGCUGCAGAGACGACCCAGAUUUCGUUGCACAAAUGAGUUUGACCCAGCUGUCCAACCUGACUCAUUAAUUAUAGACGUAAAUCCCAGGCUUUAUGUAAUAGAAUUUUCUUCAGAGACCAAGCACUUUUUUCGACUUCACUUGUGGAAGGUUUAAUGAAGCUAACAUUCACUUUGAAUUAACUGCAAAGUCGAUCAUUUAUUAACACCAAAGUUUGUACGGUUUGAUCGGUGCUUUAUUUAAAAGCUUGAAUGAUUAUCACUGUUUAUAAAUAAGAGAUAUGGUAUUUAUUCGUAUAAAAUGUGUGAGCCAGCUACAAUGACAACACGUUAAAAUCCUUCUCAAAGACAUGACACGGAAAGAUUUGAAAAUAAACAGUAUGCUGUGCGGUUUGAUAA